AUGGCCACGACCCGCCCCGAGCCCUCGCAGGACGAGCUCGCCGCCCUCCUCGAGUGCUGCCGCUACGGUGACCUCGACCAGGGCGAUUUCGACGACAUCAAGCAGUUCGCUCACCAGUACGGCGACCACUGGCUCGCCAACGCCAAGGACGACCGCGACAACACGCCCCUCCACAUGGCCGCCGGCAACGGUCACACCGAGAUCGUGUCGUGGCUCCUCCCUCGCCUCCCUCUCGCCGCUCUGUCGGCCCAGAACACGGCCCUCUCGACCCCGCUCCACUGGGCCUGCCUCAACUACCACCUCGCCGUCCUCGAGCUCCUGUGCCCGCUCCUCCCGCUCGCCGCGUUCGACCUCAAGAACCACCACGGCAAGACGGCCGUCCAGGAGGCCGAGGAGGCGUGCGAGGCCCUCGUCGUCGGCGAGGACGACCAGGACACGCCCCUCGGCAAGGAGCGCGUCCGCAGGGAAAAAUGCGUCGGCUACGUCCUCGGGUGCAUGGGCCUCGGCGUAAAGGCGCCGACCGGAGGCGACGACGCCAAGGCCGAGGAGGCACCGAGCGACGACAAGGCGGGCGAGGUGGCAGGAGCCGACGACGAGACGGUCAAGCGGUUGGCCGAGCAGGCCGACAAGCUCAAGCUCGAGCAGGAGCAGGAGCAGCAGCAGUCGCAGGCGUAGAUCCCCGUCCUCUCUUUUCUUUACCCACCUCUGCAUGUCGUGCGCGUGUUGUAUUGCCACCCUCGCCCUCUCGUUCUCGUUC